GAUUGGAAUGGGACUAACGGGCUUUGGAGUGUUUUUCCUUUUCUUUGGAAUGAUACUCUUCUUCGACAAAGCUCUUUUGGCUAUUGGAAAUGUUUUAUUUGUGGCUGGCUUGUCUUUUGUUAUCGGUUUAGAAAGAACAUUUAGAUUCUUCUUUCAAAAACACAAAAUGAAAGCAACGGGCUUUUUCCUGGGUGGUGUGCUCAUAGUUCUCAUUGGUUGGCCUUUAAUAGGAAUGAUCCUUGAAAUUUAUGGGUUCUUCCUAUUAUUCAGAGGGUUCUUUCCUGUGGUGGUUGGCUUUAUUAGAAGAGUUCCAGUUCUUGGAUAUCUCUUGAAUUUACCUGGUAUAAGCUCGCUCGUAGAUAAAGUUGGAGAAAGCAACAACAUGGUAUAAUGACAAAAGGGGAGAAGACUGAUUCUGAACUUACUGUAUUAUUUAUAAAAUCCUUUUGAAGAAUACUCAGCACAAAGAUUAAGUUGUGUACAAAGGAAAAGCUUGUUACAUUCUUUACAUAACAGUUUAAUUUAAAAUGUAUAAUCAACAAUAUACAUUAGAAAAGAAGCUCAGCAAGCAUGCUUCUAGGAAAGUAACUCCAGAGUUCAGGAAGAAAACUGAAGAGGUGAAAGUCAUGGAACAACCCAUGUUACAACUGUUCAAGACUAUUUUUGUUGGUUUUGGAAAACACGCUAGAGGCAGUGAACCCUUGUGGAAUUAAAGGUGCCUGUACUUCACCUCUUUAUUUUGAAGGUGCAGUAGAGCAAACAGGCCUAUGUUUUUAAGCGUGACCCAAACUUGUCCAACCCUCUGCUUUCUAUCCUCAGAGUGCAAAAAAAACAAACAGAAAACUUCUUGUGUAACAAGAGAUGCAUCUUUGCAUGAAGAUUAAGAUGACUAUUCAUCUUUACAUGUAUAAUGACAGCAAAAAAUAAAGGAAACCCUAUAUGAUUCUGUUGUAAACAUUUUUGUAAAUAUGUGGCUGAAAUAAAACAUUGUUAUCUUAAUGUUUCAAAGCCAAAUGUAAGUUGAUUGUAUUUGCCUUUCGUUUCGGAAUAUGCAAAAGGUCAAUCUUUAAUAACUUCAGUCUUAAAUGUUGGUUCUGAACACGUAGACCUCAACAGGGGACUCUGCAAACUGACUUGCACUCCCUCCAGUUUGUUCUCCUUGAGUCAUGUUACACCUACAUCCAGAUGAGAAUGUAGCCUCUUGUCACUAACAUAAAAACCCUGUGAAAUUUGCUAAGUUAAAAAAAAAAAAAAGGCAUUUGGUUAAGGUGCUGAUGUGAAUGUUGUGAAAUGUAUCUUAUCAAAAUUUGAACCUUUGUUUUUAAAUAGUUUGAAGCUAAGGUUUCUUUGUUUAUUCUGGAACUACAAAUUGACUUUUAUUUUUUACAGUAGUAAAACAAAAACUU